ACGCUCAUCCUUUCGUCGUGGUCCACCUAAGGUGUUGUACUCUACCGUCAGUGCAAAGAGAGUUCAGCGCACCCCGGCCCUUUAGUUCAACAAUUCCGUCAUCACAGCGUGGCAGCGGGUUGCCAGAGCAGCUGCAUAUUUGGCCAUUACAAGUAACCGGAACGCAAAGCGCACAGGUGGCUUUGUUUACAUGGCCGCCUUGAAACAGUCAAGAGAUUGUCAAUGCAGAGCGACUCGAAAUGCGAUCCUUCCAGGCAGAUUUGGAUUACUGUUCGCCGUUGCGUGUGCGGCCGGGUGCCUGCGUGGUCAAUGUCGAUCGCAUCGCCAGAAAGUCGCAUCUAGUCAGUCUGUUGUUCGCAUAAAUCUGUCUUCGUCGUGGGCUGUGUUUUGGGCGCGUCGCUCGGUCAUGACAGUGGGAGCUGCUAAAGGAGCAAAGCGCACCAUUUCAGCACAGAUGGGUUUAAGAGGCUUCGCAAUGCCAGCCAUCUGUGAUUUCUGCGCAUCCAAGCCCACAAUGGCAUGGCCCGAGAUUUCAAUAGUCUUGUGAUUCUGCCCAAAUGCGGGCUUCGAAGAAUACCGGCGCCUUACCGCCUCAGCCGUGGAUUGUCUAGACACUUUAGCUGCGCAUCACGACUGCCAAGAGCUCACUGCGGC